AUAAAUAAUUUGUAUGAAAUAUUUUUUUACAAUUUAUUUUUAUUACCAUAUUAAAAUAUUUUAUGCCAUAGUUAUGGGAGUUCUCCAAUAAAAUAAGGAUAAGACUGCAAACAUUUUACAUUUCAGUGUUAUAUUUUUUCAAUGUUUUAAAUAUAAUCACGUAGCAUCUAAAUAAUUCAUAGAGAAGAUAUUUAUACUAUCAUUGUUUUUUUCAAUAUUGUCAUUAAUAAUUUUUGUAAUUACUUUUGCUAUCGUCAAAUUAAUAUACUUUUAAAAAAAUAUUCACUGUUUUCCGGACCGGUAAAGACUUGGUAAUAAUGAUUAAAUCUAUUUAAUAAUAGAAACUGGUAUUAGUUAUAUGUAAUAAGGGAAGUACUACUGAUUAAGGACAGAACAAUAGUGAAACGUUCAAAACACUUUCGAAACAAAAAACGUUAAUGGUAUAAAUAUUUGUCGUUAUUUCCUGCAUUUUUUUAAUAAUUUUAAACCAAUUUCUGUUGAUAAAUUCAGCUCUUGUCUUAAGCUUGUCCUGAUUUAUUAUCUAAGCGUCCUUUGAUAUGAAAACAUCAGUCGAUUUUUGAUAAUGUAUUUGUAUGUUAUUAACUUUAUUCGGUGCAAGUAAAUUUGAAUAUAAAAUAAUUAUUAUGCGUCCGCGCACAACGACAGGACGCGACCUCACACUACCCGCCAGCGACUCUGAUCAUACGAACGUGUUAUUUAUCAUAUAAAUAAAUAAUCCAUAUAUAUAUAUCAUUCAUUUACACAAGUGAUAAUAAAAAGUUAAGGUUAUUAAUUUAAUACUAUAUCCCAUGAAAUGAGUUAAAGUUAAGUGAGUCGUCUGUGUAAUAUGAAGUGGUUAGUGCUUCUGUCGUUGGUGCUGGCUAACUUGGUUAGGACACCUUCUCCCAUAGUGAGAGUGGGGAGCGGUUUGGUGAGGGGCCUUGUCAGUGAUGACGGCAAGAUCCACCAGUACCUUGGAGUGCCGUACGCGACAGUGGACAAGAGCAAUCGAUUUCAGGCUCCACUACCGCCGCCAAAAUGGGAAGGAAUCUUGGAAGCAAUAGACGAAAAUGUGAGAUGUCCACAAAAAAUGAUCGGACCUAUUAUAUUCGGAGAAGAAAACUGUUUAAAACUUAAUAUACACACUCCAGUUACUAAAAAAAACCUACUUCCAGUCAUGGUUUAUAUUCAUGGAGGGGGUUUUAUAGAAGGCACCGGUUCCUCAUUUUUGUAUGGACCGGAUUUCAUAGUUGAACAGGAUGUCGUAUUUGUUGGAAUCAAUUAUAGAUUAAAUGUCGAAGGUUUUCUCUGUUUAGGCAUUAAAGAGGCACCUGGUAACGCUGGGCUGAAAGAUCAGAUAGCGGCUCUGAAGUGGGUUCAAGAAAAUAUUGUAGCAUUUGGUGGUGAUCCUAAUAACGUAACAUUAUUUGGUGAGAGUGCUGGAGCGGUCUCUAUAUCUUAUCUGAUUAUGUCCCCUGAAGCUAAAGGUCUCUUUCAUAGAGCUAUUUUACAAAGUGGCGCCACAUUAGCGCCGUGGGCGAUACAACAUGAUCCUAUAAAAACAGCUCGCAAAUUAUCUCGCAAGUUUGGUUAUGGCGGUAAGGAUCCUUAUAAGAUUUAUAAAACGUUAUCCAAACAAUCGGUCAAUGAUUUACUCGAGGCAAUUAAAUAUACCAAGGUCAAAAAUCUUAUAACCUCAGAUAUUUUAUUUGUGCCAUGCGUUGAGAAAAUCAUACCGGGUGUAACACCUGCAGUUCCUGAAUACCCUGUGAAUGCUAUAAAAUCUGGAAAUUACUUUAAAAUACCAAUGAUCAUAGGCAAUACUGAUCUUGAAGGUAUUUAUUUUGUCGGAUCCACCUACGGAAACAGUUUAAAGAACAUGGAAGAACAGGUAAAUCCAUUUGAUCUCUUCUUUGACGAUUUGCAAUACCCUUCGAAGGAAAUUCAGAAUGCUACUAUGUCUGAUAUUUUGCAAUAUUAUUUUCCAUCCAACAAAUCGGAUUUGAUAAUGGAGUUAGUGGAUUUUUUUUCGGAUCUUCAUAUAAAAUACCCGAUAGCUGUUGAGUCUAGCCUGUACUCUAAGACCACCGAUCAGCCCAUAUACUACUACGUUUUUAAAUAUGGUGGAUUCCUUAAUAUGGCCAAGUUUAUAUCCGGCUUUUUUAUAAAAGAGGGAGCUUCGCACGCCGACGAUCUCUUGUACCUUUUCAAACCAAGCUCAUUUCCCUUACCAAUGAGAUAUUUUGAAAUGGAUAUGAUGAAGCGAAUGGUGUCACUCUGGACUAACUUCGCAAAACACGGUGACCCUACACCGAAAACGACGAAGCUCCUUCCGAUACGUUGGAAGCCGAGUCGGUCGUCUAAUCCCACAGCACUUGUCAUCGACAAAAGUCUCAGCUCCGCUCCUAUGUGGAAGGAAGAGACGAUUGCAUUAUGGAAUAAAACUUAUACGAAAUACAGGAGAAAAAGAUAUGGGUUUCAUUGACAUUUGGUUAGUUAAGGUUCAUUCGGACAAGUUGAAAAUGUACCUAUAAUGUCAAAUUAAUAUAAGAGUCCGUAAGGUAAAUUGAUUGUAAAUCAAAAUCAUAAAAAAAUGUAUAAAGUUAUUAUUAAUAUACAAAGUAUAAUGGUCUGUGGUCAACCUUAGCCUUGGCGCCUUUGCAAGCCAAAUCUGUGUUUGUCUGGCGGCUUAUAACAAUAAGUCCAAUUGCGGAGUUAUUUAUUUAUUGUAUAAAUUAUUUAAAAUAACUUUAAUACGUCCAAAGAUUAAAUAUAUAUGUAUAUUAAAAUCUUUCAAGGUACAAAUAAAAUUUGUUUUAAGUUUUUAAACAUGUGAUUUUUAAGGGAACUUUUUGAUUUACUUAACAAUGAGUUACUAAUUUGAUUUUUAGUUCAUAAAUAUUUAUUGUUAUUUACUUUUUGCACAAUAUAUAAUACUAUUUACUACU